AUGAAUUUUGCUCGUCGAGCCUCCCACGCUAUAGAGGGUAAGGACAAGAAAGUGUCCACAAAGAAGGCGAAUGGCAAGACUGGCGGAGAUGGUGGCCAUGGUGAGUCUGGCGAAGAGGAGCGCGAGGCCCUGACUGCUGCCAGGGCCAAUGAUGAAGAUGCGGAGACUCUAGACGACGGACUGCCACGCCUGGGCGAAUUGACGCGCAUCCAGGUUCACAUCACUGAGAGCACCGAAUUUAAGGUGAGUACUAGAGAGAAAGGGCUGUUGCUUACCCCAAGCAUGCGUAUCCAGCGCACAUCACUCUCAAGUUCGACUUGA